CACGCUCGAUGCGGGUGUGUCGAGAAGCUUCAGCGCGAGUGGACCUUGUGGAGGCUCGAGCGAGUCGUCUGCUGCUCAUUCUAGACGCCGUGAGACCGCCUGAGAGAUCUGUCGAGUGUCUCUCUCACACUGAAACCUUCCCACAAAAAUGCAUCGCGCAGCCUCCUUAUUGCGAACUCCCGUCGCUCGCCAGGCCACGAGGCACUACCUGGCGAGACACUAUGCCAAGGACGUCAAGUUUGGCACCGAGGUCAGGGCGCUGAUGCUGCAGGGCGUCGACGUGCUCACCGACGCCGUGGCAGUGACCAUGGGCCCCAAGGGUCGAAAUGUAAUCAUCGAGCAGAGCUGGGGCAGUCCCAAGAUCACCAAGGAUGGGGUUACAGUUGCGAAGGCUGUUGAACUGAAGGACAAGUUCCAGAACAUUGGAGCCAAGUUGGUCCAAGAUGUUGCCAACAACACCAACGAGGAGGCUGGUGAUGGUACCACCACAGCCACAGUCCUGGCUCGCACUAUUGCAAAGGAAGGUUUUGACAGGAUUAGCAAAGGUGCUAACCCUGUGGAGAUCAGGCGUGGAGUUAUGUUGGCUGUGGAUGCCAUUGUUGCUCAUCUGAAGACUCUGUCAAAGCCCGUGACGACUCCUGCUGAGAUUGCUCAGGUUGCAACCAUCUCUGCUAAUGGAGACAUUGAAGUUGGCAGUCUUAUCUCCGCAGCCAUGGAGAAGGUUGGCCGUGAGGGUGUCAUCACGGUCAAGGAUGGCAAGACCUUGAAGGAUGAGUUGGAGGUCAUUGAAGGUAUGAAGUUCGAUCGUGGUUAUAUCUCUCCUUACUUCAUCAACUCCAGCAAGGGAGCUAAGGUUGAAUAUCAAGACUGCCUGGUUCUGCUUUCAAAGCCUGCUGAGUUUCUUCUCUCCAGAGAAUGCCCCAGAGUUUUGUUACUUACCCAAGUAUCAAUUUGCAGGAAGCCUCUUUUGAUCAUUGCUGAGGACAUUGAUGGAGAAGCCUUGAGCACACUUGUGGUUAACCGUUUGAAGAUUGGCCUCCAGGUUGCUGCUGUAAAAGCUCCAGGCUUUGGGGAUAACCGCAAGAACACUCUUCAUGACAUUGCCAUUGCAACUGGUGCUAUUGUCUUCAAUGAUGAAGCAAGCAUGGUGAAGAUUGAGGAUGUUCAGGUCCAUGACCUUGGCCAAGUCGGAGAAGUGCAGAUCACAAAGGAUGAUACACUUCUGCUGAAGGGCAAGGGUAAUUCUAGUGAUAUCCAGCGUCGUGUAGAUCAAAUCAAGGACCAGAUUGCCGAUAGUUCCUCCGAGUAUGAGAAGGAGAAAAUGCAGGAGCGUAUGGCUCGCCUGGCCUCGGGUGUGGCAGUGGUGAAGGUUGGAGGUUCUUCGGAGGUUGAGGUGAACGAGAAGAAGGAUCGUGUAAAUGAUGCUUUGUGUGCAACAAGAGCUGCGGUUGAAGAGGGCAUAGUUCCAGGUGGAGGAGUUGCCUUGAUUCGCUGCCUUCCUGCCUUGGAUACUAUCACUCCAAGCAAUGAAGACCAGAAGGUUGGCAUUGAAAUUGUCCGCAAGGCUAUCCAGACUCCAUGCCACACCAUUGCCAGCAAUGCCGGUGUUAAUGCAUCAGUUAUUGUCAACAAGGUCAUGGAAGCGUCUGGAGAUGUUGGAUAUGAUGCUGCUACAGGAACCUUUGUCAACCUUGUCGAAGCAGGAAUCAUUGAUCCCACCAAGGUUGUUCGCACAGCCCUAACCGAUGCUGCAGGAGUGGCUUCCCUCCUCACCACAGCCGAGAGUGUUAUUACAGAGAUCCCCAAGGAAGAACCGGCUGGUAUGGGCGGCAUGGGUGGUAUGGGAGGCAUGGGUGGUAUGGGCGGAAUGGGAGGCAUGGGCGGCAUGAUGUAAAGCUUCUCAUGGAUAGGCUAGGAAGAAACUCUUUAAUUUGUAAACUUAACAUUUUUUUAUGUACAAAGUUACUUUGUUUCGACAAGAGGUACAAAAAGUACAUAGAUGCCACAGAACUAUGUCUAGUUUACAAGAAAAGAAAUAUGUGGGAGGAAAUCUUCAGUGUAUUUGAAGUAACCCAAGGACAGUCUCAAUGAGGAAAGGGACAUGCAAAACAUGAAGUUUGCACAAGUCAAAGGAAUUGUUAACCAUUCCAAAGAAGUACCUCGGCAUCCAGAAUGUGGUCCAUUAAUUUCAUCUUAAUCAUCUUCAUCUUGAAUGUAUUGAAGGGUAUAUGUGCUUCACCUUAGUGUAAAUGUUGAAUGUUUGUACAAAGUGUAGAUAAGAGAAUGUGUAGAUAAUUUUGUUAUAAGGGAAGAUUUGUUAUUUCCCUAAAUGAAAUGAGAUUUUGAGAAGGAA